CCCAAGCUUUGUCUGAUGGAUCUGUUUACACUAUCGCACACUCCGCAAGAGAGUUUAAUAUCGGCACUUCCUCCUCGAAGUGGAGCCUACCGUAGUAACUGACAGCACUCCACUUCAGCAACCUUGAGCCGAGCGCGUUCACCAUCACCUCUCUACCCUCGUCUUGAGAAGCGGGAUGGCGAGGCGGCCUAGACACAGUGUUUACAGUAGUGAUGAAGAUGAUGAUGAUGUGGAGAUUUACGAUCAUGAUUAUGAUGGUCCUCAUGCCAAGACAGGAAAACGUCAUCUUGGCAAGACGCGCUGGACCCGUGAGGAGGAUGAAAAAUUGAAGAGGCUGGUGGAGCAUCAUGGUUCAGAAGAUUGGAAAGUCAUUGCCAGUUUUCUGCCCAGUCGCACAGAUGUUCAGUGUCAGCAUCGCUGGCAAAAGGUUCUGAACCCUGAACUCAUCAAAGGACCGUGGACCAAAGAAGAAGACCAACGGGUGAUCGAGUUGGUUCAAAAGUACGGCCCGAAACGUUGGUCUGUGAUCGCCAAGCACUUAAAAGGUCGGAUCGGCAAGCAGUGUAGAGAGCGUUGGCACAACCACCUGAACCCCGAGGUGAAGAAGACCUCGUGGACCGAAGAAGAAGAUCAGAUCAUCUACCAGGCUCAUGAGAAACUUGGAAACCGUUGGGCUGAGAUAGCCAAGCUACUUCCUGGCAGGACCGAUAAUGCCAUCAAGAACCACUGGAACUCCACUAUGCGGCGGAAGGUCGAACAGGAGGGCUACCUGCAGCACGCCGCCAAAGUUAGCCCAACUCCACUAAACAACGGCUUUCCCAAACCUCCUCACCUCCUAAAUUAUAAUCACACACCAAGCAGCCCAUCCAUGCCCGCCUCUUCCAUGAGCAGCCAGUACCCGUACUACAUGUCCGACUCGCAGCGGGUCCCAUUUCCACUUGCUCUUCAGCUGAACAUCUUAAACAUUCCUCAACAUGGGACUGCUGUUAUCCAGAGACACUACAAUGAAGAAGAUCCAGAGAAAGAGAAGCGAGUGAAGGAGAUUGAGAUGCUGUUGAUGUCAACAGAAAACGAGUUGAAGGGACAACAAGCACUACCAAUCUCCAUGGCUGGCUAUGGUGGGUGGAACCGAGGCUCUUUGACGGACAGCUCCGUGGGUGUGGCCGUUUCCGUCCCCGCCCCAUCCCUAGAGCAGGGCUGCCUUCCAGAAGAGAGCGCCCAUUGCAACACAAACAGCACAAACAAUGACACCACCUCCACCUUGCCAGAGUUUAUUGACGCCAUCGAUUCGGCCCCACCUAUCUGGGCCAACAUACACUCCGAUAGGAGGUUGAUUAAAACGAAGAAGGCUCAGUCCAAUCAGCGCUCAGAGGGCCGCAUCUCGCCCGCCCACAGCGCUGACAGCAGUGUCCACACAUUUCUUUGCUCUACGCCCAAACAUUCAGCCAUCAGACAGCUGGCUUUUUCUCCUGCUCAGUUCUUCAAUGCAUCAGUGAGCCCAGACGCAGACAGUCGAAAUUUACCGGUCACGUCUUCACCUGCCUGUUCCCAGAAAGCACUGCAGCAUGACCUUGCUCUCCGACCUCAGAAGGAAAAUGAGCUGUUCAGGACCCCAAAUUUGCGGCGCUCUAUUAUGGAAUGUUCCCCUCGCACACCUACCCCGUUCAAGUCCGCACUGACAAUACAAGACACCAAAUACGGACCACUGAAAAGGGUUCACAGUCCUUCUCUAGAUUCUGGUGUGGUCGGUACUAUAAAGCAAGAACCUCAGGAGUGUGAGAUCGGUGUCGGAGGGGUGCACCUGGACCAGCCCCCCCUAAAAAAGAUUAAACAGGAGGUGGAGUCAGCUUGUCUACAGUGGGAGGGACAGGAUCUCAACACCCAGCUCUUUUCUUCCAGUGGCUCCGCCCAUGACAUGCCUGAUCUGUUGACUAGCUCUGUACUGAUGCUUUCCACUGAGGGGAAAACUGAGGAUGGACACAAAACUGCCCAUUUGCCCCGUAGGCCCGUGGGAAGCCCUUUGCAGCAGCAGUUGAACACAUGGGAACAGGUGCUUUGUGGGAAGGUGGAGGACCAGGCGAUGCCCUCUGAACCCACGCACAAAUACCUCAGCAAUUACUCUUCACGAGCACUGGUCAUGUAAAGAGAUGGAAUGAGACAGAUGAAUACACAAAAGACAAGAAAGAGGGAGAUUUAAUGACAAGACAAUCAUUCUGAGAAGACAUUAAAAAGAAACACUCCAACAUUUAUGGUACAUAAUUUGGGAGAGGCUUAAAGCCAUUUUUUAGACUGCACAGUCAAUGUGUAAGCUGUGCCAUCAUUCGUUUAACCAACCAAAGACAUUAUUCAUGUUGACAUGUUGUGUUUUUUCUACUUUUGAUUUCAUUUUUAAUAAUAUUGUAUUUUGUAUGAUAAUAUUUUGUAUUAUAUUUGGGAAAAGAAUUCUCUAUGCGGGUCUAAUUUUAUGGAUUUUAAUAUAAGGAACAAUUUGCAGUAAUUUAUUAUUUUGUAUUAAGCAUAAUAAUUAACUACGGUGGGCAUCUCUGUCAGUGUUUGACCCCAGUAUUUGGGCUUCCUGCUCGUCUCUUAUUUGUUAAAUGUGUGUGUUAAUUGUAUGGAGUGUGUAUACUCCUAGCAUUAUCUGAAUCAUACACCCAAAAAAAAAAAGAUCAGAUCAGUACCAUGUAUCUGUGGGUGUCAAACAGAACUGCCCUUAUUAAAAGCAUAUGCAUUUCAAAUGCCAACAACACUGCUGACAACAUGUAGGCUAUUCCUGGCCAAAACAUGGAUUAACUGUUUAUUCGUGCCCAAUGCCUAAAAAAAAUCUGUUUGCCAAGUUUAAAAAUUCUUAUUGAAUUUUGACGUUAGGUGAUACGUGUGUAGUGUACAAAGGAAUUUUUCCAAGUUUAGUAGUGUUGCCAUUUCAAAAGAGUCCAAGAUCGAAACCAUGUUGAGCUUUCGUUGUAUUAGCACUAUUUCAAAUUUUUGAUCAACUAUGCAGAAAGAUUUCAACAGAACAAAAAGUGUUGUUUUUUAACAAUUGUGCUGAAUUGAAAAAAAAACGUUUACCAAGCAUUUUCAAAUCAAGGGUUUAUAUGACAAAAAAUGCCUUUGAGACGCGAAACAUUUCUUUAUCAUUUUUUUAAUAAACACUUUUUUAUGUCAUUUUUAAUCAGAUUUACAUUGGUAUUUCUAGUUUUUAAAACACUGAUUGUUGCUUUUAUACCUAGCUUGUUUUUGAUAUUACAAUAAGCCUUUGAUACUAAGAUUGCAGUGUCCAAUCAAAAGCAUUUAGCAAUAACGUUUUUGUUAUUCGCUGCCUUUUUGUAUUAGCUUCAAGUACAAACACUUUUUUACAUUGAUUAUGAACUUUCAUACGUUUUUAUACAGACUUUUAUAACUGCCUUGUAAAUAAAGUG